UCAAAUGAUUUUCAAUCUCUACACGUACAUUCUAGGUACUUUACAAGUUCGGAACAACUCUUUAUAAUUAAAAAAAAUAUUUGCAUUAUUAAAAGGUGAUGAAUGUUUGUAAAAGGAGUCUCAGCAGUGUGUUUUACGUGAAGUGAAUCGUAUCAAAUAAUGGGGAAGAAAAAAGAAUUUCAGUCGAAGCUGAAGAAAGAAGGAGAAUUUAUACCUCCCGAUGGAGGGUGGGGGUGGAUGAUCAUAAUAGCUGCCGGAUUUUCUAAUUUGGCAGCCCUCCCAGUUCUUCAGCAGUUCGGGCUCCUGUUCCGAGACAAGUUCAGCCGCCUCGGCCUCAGCAGCUCGGAGACCACCACCAUCAUCAACAUGAACUCCGCGCUCACCUCCUGCGUGGGACUUGCGAAUGGCCCGAUGUUCAAAACAUUUACUUACCGCCAAGUGUCUCUGGCUGGAGCUACCCUAAUUUUCAUAGCACUGCUGAUGAACACUUUUUCAUACAAUUUCUCCACAUAUUUAAUAUCGUUUUCUAUUCUAUAUGGGGCUGGUUUUGGAAUUAGCAGUUCUGCUAAUGCCCUCGCUUUAAACACAUAUUGGAAAAACAGAAGAAGACUAGCAACUGGUCUGUCAUGGACAACAACCGGACUUGGCCCUAUUAUCUGGCCUCAACUUAUUACUCUACUAUUCAAUGCGUAUGGUGAAAAUGGGACUUUACUUAUCCUAAGUGGUUUUGCUCUACAUUCUAUAGCAUGUGCUCUAUUGCUACAACCAGUCGAAUGGCAUGCUAAAAAUGAAGAAAUAAAAAAUCAAGAUGAAGAAAAACUGUUACAACCAACGACUGAAAAGAAGGAAUCAAUCGAUGAUAAAAAGGAUAAGGAAAGUGGUUAUUUCAGUUCUAAAUUGAAAAACCUCAGCGCUUUUUCCAGUCAGUAUCUGUAUAAUGAAGAUGACCCCAUCAAUACAGGGUAUGAAAUAACUGAUCCCGGUAUUCCUAUGAUGACCAAAGCAAACGACGGUUAUUUCAGUAGUUCGCGGCAGUCUAAGAGUAAAGUGGGAUCGAGGGAUGGUUCCACUAAAACAUCGCGAUUGAAUUCCAAAAAACCAUCAAUGACAAAUUUGACGGAAAGCCGAUCACGGAAAUCGUCUACUUUGUAUUUAAACGAAUCUAAGAAAAACUCCUCUGCUAACCUGGGUGCGCUUGCACAGGAAAGAGAUGGAGUAAAACCAAAGAAAACUGUUGUAAGCUAUCAGAAUGAAUCAAAGAAGAAUUCAUAUACAAACUUGGGAAACCUUAAUGUACCUGAGCGAGAAUUUAAAACAAAACGACGAACUUCCAUUACAAUGGAAACAUUGAUUCCAGAGUCUGAAAUUGAAGAUUGUCCAACACUUAAAGCACCACAUGACUUGAAGGCUGAAGAAAAAGUCAUUGUGGAAAAAAUUGACCCAGCGCAUGCUAAAUCGAUAGCUGAUAAAGCCGAAAAGCACUAUGCUGGUAGUAAAAGUUUAAAGUCAUUUAAAAUGGAUGGUCAAUACAGUGAAAAAUAUAAUCGAGAUAAUCACAGCAAUGUAUCUUUAAAAAAUCAAGAGGAUUUGGAAGAAAAGCAAUACUUAAAAGAUAACCACAGUAAUCAGUCUAUUCGCGGAAAAUAUAGAAAGAAAUCUAAUAAUUUUGCAUAUGAAAGUGAAGUACUCAAACUGGCUUCGCUUAAAUUAGAGGAAUACCUAAAAGAGAAUGAGAGUAAACAAGAACAGUAUGAAAAAAUUAAGCUUUUAGUAAAUGGGGAUAUAGAUGUGGAAGACGAUGAUGUGUUUGAUAAAGAAGUUGAAGUUGAAGAAAAAGAGGAAAAACUCACAUUCUGUCAGAAAAUGACAAUAUUCUUUGACCUCGACCUUUUAAAGGAUUACACAUUUAUUAACUUGAUGCUGGGAAUAACUUUAGGAAACUUCAACGAGCUAAAUUUUUCCAUUCUGACGCCUUUCAUCCUCGGAGACUAUGGAAAGACGAAAUCGGAAGUUGCUUUAUUCAUGUCGUUGUUAGCUGGCGUAGAUAUUUGCGUCCGAUUUUGCAUACCAUUUGUAGCUGGCAAAAUUGGAUGGGAUAACAAUUCCUUCUUCUUAUUCGGAAUUCUAACAAUGGCGAUGGGUAGAGUGGUUCUAGCAUACAGCCAGGCAACCUACGUAAUAUUUUUAGUAGCCGUUAUGAUUGGAUUCGGCAAGGGUCUUCGAACAGUGUUUAUGGCACUAGUGAUCCCCACUCACGUGCCUCUGCACAAGCUGCCAGGAGCCACUGGACUGCAACUGGUCACCGCUGGCGUAGUCUACUUGACUCUGGGUCCAGUUGUGGGUUGGAUCAAAGACAACGCUUCCACGGCCACGACUCUACAUUGCCUCAAUAUAUUUACGUGGUUGAUUGCAGUAUCGUGGGGUUUGGAGAAAUACAUUACUGUGAGACGGCUGAAGCAGAAAGAAGAGUUGGCCAAAUCAUAAAAUUAAGAAUCAUUUAAUAUUAAGAUACCUGCAUUAUCUAUCUGUGUCAACUAAAUAUUAGAUAAGUACUUAAGUCAUUCAUUUAGGCACCGAAAUACAGGCACUUAGGAUUAAACUGUUAGCUAAGGGUGUAUUAGAGGGUGAUUUUAUCUUAUCUUGUUAUUUGUUUGGUUGACUUUACCAAGAUUUAAAUGAUGCAACACUUUAACUACUUACUAAGAUAGAGCUUACGUAUACUUACAUACCUACUUAAAUAUUUUUAGUAUUAAUUAAACAUACUUACCUACUUAAUAUUAUAAUUUAUUAAUAAUAACAACUUUAUACUUACUGUUCUUACAAGCCGUGUCUUUAUUUCACCCUAUAUCCCUGCAAACUCCCAAAUGCAUUCAACUAUAAUCUCUAGGUAGAGAGCGCUGCACAUCGACCCCUCGAUGCGUCCCAAAACAUAACAAAAAAUAUCCCCUCUAGUCUACACAAGUGUAAAACACCAUCAGCUGGUCACACAAAACGACGCUGAGCUCGAUAUUAAUUUGAGUUCGACUUGUGUGUUGCCAAGCCGGAAUACCUCGUUCGAUUUUUAAAACAACAUCGAUACAAUCGAAUGCCUAGUAACUAGUUACCAAUGAGACAUAAUUGAAUUAGUGUCGUGAACUCGUAAUUCUGGUGAAUCCGUCCCGCGGAAGCUAAAUUAGAUUAGUAGCGAUGCGUACGCGCAUGCUGUCGUAUACAAUCAUGACAGUGUUCAGUGACAGCGAGACUCGUGUUUGUUUUUGUUCAGUGUGUGAUCAUGUGUGUUGAAUAAAAUAGUGUGUUGAGGUUUGUGUCAGUGCGUUAUACUUGUGUAUAAUUCAUAGAUAAAUGACUAAACAAUACCAUAUUCUUGAAAUUUGGUUUCGAUCCAUACUCUACAUUUAAACAAGCGUCGAUAGCGCCUUUGUGUUUGAACUGAGCAAAAUGACAAAGCAGAAAUUAAACUACACAGCACAGCGUUUGGUUACAGGAGUUCAAAAUACCUAGAACAGUAUAAAACUAUUAGGUUACCCAUUGACCUGUCAGUAUAGAGUAACAUAUCUUACAGCAACCUUACAGUUACAGGAUCUGUUCUGAGUUAAUCUCUAUGAUAAUCACAAUAACGCUUUUAACCAGAUUUCUAUAGUCACUAAGUAGCUAGUAUGUAUGUUGACUAUGAAAAGUACCUUUCCUUAGUGCCUAUGUAGGUAUUUAGUGAUUGAGAAACAUCCAUUGUAUUCAAAUUUUAAUAUAUUUUAUGAACGAUAGUUACAAGCAUAUAACUAGGUAAGUACCUACCUAUAUGCCUAUACGAAAUCAACAGGUAUUGCUGGGUAAUUACAUAGGUAUUUAGCUCUAUGUUGGCCCAACAAAUUUAUCUUGGUGCCUUUAAUUACAAACCACCAUUUUUUUUUUAUAACGUCUGCCUGUAAAUGUCCCAGUUUUUAUAGGUAGUCCACGAAACACUAGAAAAUAAAACACACAGUUUGUAAAACCAUGUAAAGUAGGAGUAGAAGACAAUAGAAUGUCACUUGCAAAGGCAUCAUAGAUUUUAACUGUGCUACCACAAAAAACUGUAAACACUGUAUAAGUAGUGUUUAAAACGAAAUUUGACAGUUUUUGAGGCGUUUGACAGCGCUAACUAUCUGUUAAAUGCUCUCUAAGCUUUUGUGGUAAGGCCCUAAUAAUUGAUCCAAAAAGGUUUUUUUUAAUUCCCAAGGCUACGUGAUUAAACAUUACAUUAUAGAGUCCAACUUUACAGAAGUUAA